CCACCCUUGCUCAACCUGCUUAUCUGAGCAGGGCAGGGCCCCCGUCUACUCACAGCGCAGGAGGCGGGCCUUGUCUGCUUUCAAUCAAUAACCUCUGGAAUUCAGAAAUACAAGUAGGUCCUGUCUCUAGCAGGCUGUACCACACUCUGGAGGGCGGACUCCCACACAACGGUCUCUGCUCCUGGCAUUUUCUCUCUGCUCCCUCAGGUCUGAAAGUGUCGGUGCGUUGAUGACAAUGGCCGAUCACACGUCUCCAGACUACUUCAGCUGCACCCUGUGCGUGAACCUCCUCAGGGACCCUGUGGCUAUCCCUUGCGGCCACAGCUUCUGUAUGGACUGCAUCAGCGGAUACUGGAACGAGGCAGACUACACGGGGAUUUACAUUUGCCCCCAGUGCAAGAUCACCUUCACCCAGAGGCCCGUGCUGCGCCCAAACGCUACGCUCAGCAUGGUGGCGGAGAAGAUCAAGAAGAGCGGUUUCAACCUAAACAUUAACACGCCCCAGGGGAACGGCUACGCCGGGCCGAGUGACGUGCCGUGUGACUUCUGCUCUGGCAAGAAGCUCAAGGCUGUGAAGUCCUGUCUGAACUGUCUGGCGUCUUAUUGCGAGAAGCACCUGAAGCCUCACUAUGAAUCAGCCACAUUCAAAAGGCACAAGUUGGUGGACGAGCUGGGAAACCUGGACAGGAAGAUCUGCCCGCAGCACCAAAAGUCUUUGGAGCUCUUCUGUCGGACCGACCAGAUGUGUAUCUGUGCCAUCUGCACGGUCAGCGAACACAAGGGCCACGACAUCGUCUCCGCCGAGGCCGAGAGGAGUGAGAAACAGAAACUCUUGGGAAUCUCCACAGCUGAGAUUAGACAAAAAUGCCAGGAGAGGGUAAAGGAGCUGGACGAGCUGAAGACUGCAGUGGAUUCAUUGAAGAACUCGGCCCAGAGAGCCAUGCUGGAGAGUCAAAAGAUGUUCGAGGACAUGAUUCGCUCCAUUGAGAGGAUGAGGUCGGAGGUGACCAAGCUGAUUGGUAUCAACGAGAAGGCCGCAUUCAACCAAGCCGAGGCUCUGAUCGAGCGUCUGGAGCAAGAGAUUGACGAACUGAAGAAAAAAGAGUCGGGCUUGAAGCAGCUUUAUGGUACUGAUGACCACAUCCACUUUUUGCAGAACUUCAACUACCUGUGCACCCCCACUGACGACGGCUUCAUACCAAAGGUGACAGUUAACCCCGACUUUUCCUUUGGGGCCGUCAGAAAAGCUGUGGCUGAGAUUAAAGAUCGUCUGGAAGAGUUUGGCAGGGAGGAGUUGCUGAAGAUCUCCAAGACAGUGAAUGAAGUCCCGGUCUACACUACAGAAAGUCGAACACUGGACAGAAGGAGCAGAGGUGAGCUUCCAAAAUAUAAAAGGCAGUGGUCACAAAUGCGUGAAUUUCGCGUUCAAUUGUAUCCUUCUUCAUUUGCAGGUAAAGAACAUAAUAUGACAACAGUGGACAGCGCUCCCGCUACUCCAGAACCAAGGAGCAGAGCUGACUUUGUCAAAUACUUCUGCCAGCUGAAGUUGGAUCCGAUCACAGCCUACAAGGAGCUGUAUAUCUCCGAGCACAGCAGAAAAGUCAUUCGUACCAGGGACCUGCAGCCCUAUGGAGACAACCCAGAGAGGUUUGAUAGUUUUGCCCAGGUUCUGUGCCGGGAGGCCCUGUCCGGUGGCCGCUUCUACUGGGAGAUCGAGUGGAGUGGGGAGUUCUCCAUCGGAGUGGCCUACAGGAGCAUCAGCCGGAAGGGCAAAGGUUCGUUGUGUCUGCUGGGCUACAACGACAGAUCCUGGAGUCUUCUCUGCUCUGACUCGGGUUACUCGGCCUGGCACAACAGGGUGGACAAAGCCGUCAGUGGCCCCCACUCCCCAAGAAUAGGUGUGUACUUGGACCACCCUGCAGGCGUGCUGGCAUUUUAUAGCAUUGGCAGCGGCAUGGCACUGCUGCACAGGUUUGAGACCACAUUCACUGAGCCCCUUUACCCAGGUUUCGGGGUCGGAACCUCAGUCAAAAUCUGCAACAUAAAAUGAACACUGAGAUACUCUAUAUCUGAAAAAUCGCUUAAGAUUUUGAGAUGUUCGGUUCUUUGUUUUUGGAAUAUAUAUUUUUAUAACCCUUUUGCAAAUGUUACAUUGUUGGGUAUUUUCCACCCAAAUGUGUAGAUUAUUUCUGAAGAAUCUCAUGAUGGAUUUUGCAUUUUGUUCUGUAUCACUUUUGAAAUUAAUUCACCAAAGGCCUGUAAAUGUCAUGUUUCUUAAGUCCUGGUUAUAGCAGCCCAUUUUAAACAUGUACUGUACUGCGUACAUGUAUAAUUGCUAAAUGUGUGGCAAAUUUUCUUAUGAAAAUGAGAAUAUUGACUGCAUUAUGACAUUGCUCUUUGCCACUAUUAUGGAAGCUAUGUACAAUGAUAUGAUAGGCAUCCACUCAGGCACAUAGUAUUUGCAGAAAUGUGUCAUUCUAUUUUACACAUCCUGUAUUUGCCUUUUCACAGCUCAACUAACCCUUAUUUAAUUUUAUGCAUGCAUAUUUACGUCACUGAAUUAUCCAGGACAGCCUUGUUUUUGGACAAAAUCCUAGUUUUGAAUAAAGAGCUAAAUGAAAAUGUUUAAUUUCCAUUAGUUACAUUUACUUAUCAUAAACACACGUGCAUUUAAAUACUGUACACUCCAGGAGUUCCCUCUACUGGCUGAUGACGGGUAUUAAAAAUACAACUGAAACAUGUUUAGUAAAAUACACUACUGUCUACUGUAUAGCAGUAUUGCCGGUUUAGACACAGGCAUGCAUGUAACAUUACAGAUUUAUGGACAUUUUACACUUUUUGGUCGAUCACCUUAGCCACUAUUUCUCUCUGCUAAAGUCUAGGUUGCUCUUCUGUGCACAGAAGCCUAUUAAUAUUCUUCUGCCCCCCCCCCCCCCGCUUAUAUUUUUGUCAAAGGCCUACGUGGCUCUAAAAUGGACAACAAGGCAUGUUUUUAUGUAAUAGACGGCUUUUUAUUGAUCCCAGAAAUUUUGCAGGAUGUAGAGCAUAUGAUGCUCGAGAGAAAGAAAAACAACUGACAGUCCAAAAGUUUAGACAUCAUAACCAAUAAUUCCUCCUUUGCCAAUGCACUCUCCGAUGUAGAACCACAUCAGCACUUCAGUGGCAACCAGCCCGUUCCUUAGAGCGUCCUGCAGGGGAAAAAAUAUAUAUAUUAUGGAUACAACACUUUAUCGGCUCCAGCAGGGUUGUCUAAAGUGUGGCCCGGGGGCCAUUUGUGGGCCGCGGCUGUUUUUUGUUUUUUUUAUUGGCCUGUGGCACUUUCUAAAUAUACAAUUUUACAAGAAAAAAAAAAAAAAAAAAGGGG